UCUCAAAAUGGGUGGCGGAGCCAUAAAACUAAGAGAAAAAAAAAAGGGGGGCGUUGAGGGGGGAAGCCCAAAACUUGGAUUGCUCAACUCCUUUUUUCUUUCAAAUAAUAAACAUGGAGCAAGAUCCACAUGGAGAUUUACCUACCUUAGAUCAAGUAUUGACAAGAAAAACUCUACCACCAGUAUGUUUAUACAACUUUUACAUCAUCAUGAGAGACAGACUUAAAAUGGAAGAAGUGCUGGAUUUCUACCUUGAUUUACAACAUCACGAACAAUUAUGGAAACGUUACGUCAAGGCAAUGCACCGCAAUGGUCACUUGUCUGAAAGUGAUUUAAGUGAUGGUUUUCAUUCACCUCGUAUUCUAAGCAGACUAUCAAAUACAAACAGUAUCUUUCCUCAGCAACCCAGAACACCCUCGCCCAUCAAUAUGCCAAUCUCCUUGACCAGACCUUCUAUGGGCGACCUCUCUUCUAAUAUGACAAGUGAAAAAGCAGUGCCUAACCGCAAAGAUUUGAUUGAUUCAGCACAGAGAUUACUAUUGAGAUACUUAGUCCCUUCAGCAACUAAGGAACUAACACAACUGCCAGACGAAUUGAAGUCGGCUUUGAGAAAAGAGUUGGAAAAACCUGACCCUCGUGAUGAUCCCCUACUAUUUUCUGAUGCUAAAGACUAUGUCUUUGACUAUAUGCAAACACAGGCUUAUCCUAAAUUCUUGCGCUUAAAAGUUUGGGGAAAUAUCACCUUGCACCAACAGCUGGGAAGAUUGGUAAUCGGCUUAUUAUGUUUAUUGGCAGCUCUCACUACUUCUCUUUGUUUUAUCUUUUUGGGCUAUAAACAAUGGGGUGUUCGAUUUUGGGCUUAGAUCCAAUUUGGGCACUUGUUUUCAACAAGAGUGAAACCACCACAUUUAAAUUCAAUUCAAUUAAGCAGCCUCAAGUGAAGCGUAUUUUAAGAUCAAGAUCGAUUUGGCUAUUAACCACAAGUACUCUCAUUGCUGUCAUAUUGACGAUCAUUUUCUGCGCAAUACCUGGCAGGAAAUUAUAGCUUUCCACUUUCUAUACCCUCUUUUUAUGUAUAAAUAACCCCAUUAUGUACAAGUUUCCUCAUUAAACCAUAUACUUCAAGACUCAAUUAGGUUCUUGCAUGCAUCUUCUUCGUUCUGUUUUUCAUGGCUGAAAAAUAAUUUAAAAGUAAUAGCCAAA